AUGUCUUAUCUCGACGGCAAUAUGAAUCUCCUCAAGAAACAAAUCUUCCUGGGUCACCAGAUCAUAGGAGACAAGUUAUGGAGAGACAAUAUCAAACUAGUCAAUGCGGGUGACAUCAAGGGUGCCAAAGUAAUCAUGGGCAAGUUGCAACAGACUGUCGGUAUAUUCAAUUACUUGAAUUAUGGUGAACUGCGCCCGUACAUGGACGCGGCUUGGGCUCAGGUGGCAAAGGGGAUGGAAUACGCAGAUAAGCACAUGCCUGAGCUCAAGGGUAUUCUGGCUAUUUGGAAGGAGUUCGAGCCAGCAUUCUAUUCGAACAUGGUGAAGGUCGCACAGGAUAAUUUCUUGUCGAGGAUCUCACAAAUAGCCGCCAAGUACCCAUUGGGAGGAUCUGUGAGCAAUGAUGCUGUGACCAAGAUGAUCUAUGAGUAUGAGCAGUUGAAGAAGGCUGUAGAUCAGAUUGCAUUUAAACUGUAA